UCACUAAGUUAAAGUUUAUGAGCUGUAAAAUGGGGACCACAGGGGCUUUCCCAAGUUCACCCUGCUGUAGAGCAACUUUUUAUAGUUAAUUUGACUCAACUCAAUGCAGCAUGACAUCAACUUUUUUUCAUUGCAUGGAAUCGUAGUAGAGCUGGAAUUUAUCAAUAAAACUCACUUAAUCCACAUUUCUUUCCCUGACUGUGUCAAUGAACUAUUUUACUAGAACCUUAAAGCUCAUGAUGCAAUCUUUACAAUUGGUACAGAAGCCCAUGGAGCGCCCCUGGGACAGGUGAAGCGGAGAGGGGCAUGACUGAGGGACGAGUAGGACAAUAGGUGGUACUUGAAUGCUAGGCUUUCUGGGGAUUGUAGGAAAAAGGGAGGCAAGGAAGAAGGAGGGCCCUGGUCUUUAAAUAGGGGUGAGAAAGGCGGGAAGAGUCAGCUUACUUUUAGGACAGCAAGGAGUAACAGGGUUUCGUCCAGGAUGGCGCGGGCAGGAGACGUUUUGCAGGGCCUUAGGUUGGCGAUGUCGGGCCACGAAGGGGACCGGAUCCGGAGGGAGCUGAUUGCACUGCUGGGGUCGGUCCGGAGCACGGAAGGCUCGGCAGCGGUGGGAGAGAGCAGUGGCAGACCGCAGCGGCGCACGAGGCCCCCAGACAGGCUGAGUCCAGCAGCCGGAGGCAGGAUGCGGCGCAGAAGGAGCGCCUCCGUCGAGACCGGGCCACACGGGAGCCGAGCAGCUGGAAGGGGAGGCCGAGGAGCAGCAGGCAGAGUUGGCGGCUCAGGGACACGCAGGAAUCCGGGCAGGAGAGGUGCUAGCAUCGACAGGAAUCGGGCGACACGAGAGUCGAGGUCGAGGAGUCGCCAGCAUGGUCGGUCGAGAGAGCGGGACACGGACAGGGAUACGGCCGGCAGGUCGGCAGCACAGCAGCAGGGUGCUUCACGCGGGCCAGGCGUGGGAACGUUUUUGGCAACUGGCACCAAUGGCGGACGUGGAAGGCCAUCAUUUCCCGGAGCAUCUGUGGCAGCUCGGGACGUCCGACUUGGCGAGUUAGUGAGAUCGUCCGUGGCCGAGUCGACUUGGACUUCGUAUGUACAAGAAAUAAAACUAGCUGAGCAACAAGUAUGUGCACUCCUGAAGCAGCUUCUGAAGAUUAUAGGACAUGGUCUGGGGCCAUGAGGGCUACUUGCAUGAAGAAAACGCAACCAGAACGAGACGGCUGGCCUGUAUCUAAUAUUUUGUAACAUUCUUGCAACUUUUCCAUCAACAUUUUACAAAAUAAAAGAAAAAUGGACACUGA